AUGACAAUUCUGCUGGCUGCACCUGUUUUGACGCUGGCCCAGGACCUUAUCCCUCCACUUCUUGAGACAGCCGAUACUUUUACGCAGGAUAUCUGGUUAAUUGACCAGAGCGACAAGAUAAUCUACAUCGACAAUGACUUUUCUUCUGUAUCCGACAAGGAUGGUCUGACUCUGAUUCCACCCACGGCGCUUGAUUUUGCGACCACCUUUCGAAAUGACCUCGAUCAGAUCACGGGCCUUAACUGGACGCUGAAGCAGGCGAACAACACUCCCAGUAAUGCCAGUGGUAUUUUCCUUGGCGCCUAUACCGGAGAAACUUUUGAUCUCACCUACGAGAACGGAAAGUCGACUUCUGAGGGCUACGAAAUAUCAAUCAACUCGGCACGUAUCACGAUCGGCGGGAAUGGAGCUCGCGGCAUGUGGUGGGGGACCAGAACUCUUCUCCAGCUUCUUUCUCUCUCUGGAAAAGGCACUCUGACGACCACGUAUGCAAGAGAUGCACCAGCUUACGCGACAAGAGGGUACAUGCUCGACGCCGGACGAAAGUGGUACUCCAAGGGCUUUCUCAAGGAGCUUUGCAGCUACGCCUCUUUCUUCAAGAUGAACGAGUUCCAUUAUCACCUCAGCGACAAUUACCCACUAAAUCGUGGAAAGAAUGAGACUUGGAAAGAUGUUUACUCGCAUUUUUCGCUACUACCGGAAGACAAGGGGCUGCGGGGCAUUCUUCACGGCCGCGAGAACGAGACCUUGUCCAGGGACGACUUUGACGAUUUACAGAAACACUGCGCUUCUCGUGGUGUCACUGUCAUCCCAGAAAUCGAGGCACCAGGCCAUUCACUCUAUCUCACCAAGUGGAAGCCAGAGCUCGCCCUUCCCAAGAAGGAUCUACUGAACUUGACCCAUUCUGACACCUUACCAACAGUGCAAAAGAUCUGGAAAGAAUUCCUCCCAUGGUUCAAAACGAAGGAGGUUCACAUCGGUGCAGAUGAGUACGAUGCCGAACUUGCAGACGACUACAUUACCUUUGUCAACAAGAUGAGCCGCUUCAUCAACGCCACGUCUGAUAAGCGAAGCCGCAUCUGGGGCACAUACGAGCCGUCCAAGAAAAACCAGACCAUUGAUAAAGAUGUGGUUAUUCAGCACUGGCAGUAUGGUCAAUCAGACCCUAUACAGCUCGUGAAGGAUGGUUACGACGUGAUCAACUCAGAGGACUGGUGGGCAUAUACGAGCUUAAAGAACGACCAUAUGCCGAUUCUACCAGCUAGAUACCCACAGUUCUUCAACGAGAACCGCGUCUUCAAUUUUGCAGAUAGGGAUGGCUGGCAGUGGACACCCGCUGACUUCAAUCCUUUCAACACCAGUAUGCAACUUGACGGUGACGAGUCUCGACUUUGCGGUGCUACAUUGGCGGCAUGGAACGAUAACGGUCCUGAUGCUUCGACACAGUUGGAAGCGUAUUAUUCUAUGCGUCGCGGAAUCGCUUUGGUCGGAGCUCGUGCCUGGAGUGGAAGCCGUGGACCCAAGCUACUCGAAGAGACGACGGAUACGAGAAUCGAUCUUUAUUCUUCUCAAGCUCCUGGUCACAAUCUCGACCGUACGUUGUCAAUUUCCGGUAACAAUGAUACUUUACUAUCAUGGUCUCGGUCGAGCAGCGAUAGUGACAGAAUAGCUCUGGGCCAUGGAAGCAAAGGCAUGAAUUACACAUUAACCCUAUCCGUCAACGGACCUUUCACUCUAUCAGGUCCCGACAACUCUUUGUCUCUUGACAAAAGCGGCAACCUUGUAUUCGAGGCCGAUGGAUGGGAAUACCCUCUUCGCCACGUUAGUAAAGACGACGCUCUGAAACUGGACACAGGCCAUCCCGGUCGGAUCUGGAUCAACUCCUCCUCGUCCACACACGAGACUGUCAAGAUACCAGUGCCUACUGAGAUUACUCUAGUGACAGAUGUCCUCCAUGGUACAGUUGUAUUGAAUGGUUCAAAUGUGUUAGGAAGAUUCGAGGUCUUUGUUUACGGAGGGCGAAACACACAAUUCAGCUGGAGUCAGAUGGCGUUUGUUGCGCCAUUGGACGGGAUCAAAGGAGGAGUUAAUCGCUUGACUUUGAAUGGAUCAGCCACAUUCUCCACGCCCGAAGCAGAUGAUAAGACUCGCGACGUUCCGGGAGAAAACAGCGCUGCUCCCACGCCAUGUUUGCCAGGUUUCAUUACGGCCUUGAUGGUGAUGGCGAUUAUUAUCAUAAGUCAACAAGUCGAUAUGUAA